AGAGCGUGAACAAGCUUCUCUGUGACCCUCUUCGCACUGAGAGGAGACACUUCAUUACAGUCGAAGAGAGCGUCAUGAAACGUUUACAUCUCAGCGGGGGGUUGUUGCUGCUGCUUCUGCUGCUCCGGACCGCGUCGGCCAUCGCCGAUGCAGCCGGUGGUGCGACCCCAGAACGAGGAGGAGCUGGAAGAAGAAGAGGAAGCGGUGGCGGUGGUGGUGGUGGAGGUGGUGGAGGAAGUGCGGAGAGGAGAAGGAAGUUUCACCGCAUCCAACACGGCCAGUGCAGCUACACCUUCAUCCUGCCAGAGCUGGACGCAUGCCAGGGCGGAGGAUCGCCGUCACGGGCUGAACAAUAUGGUGUCUCUCGCGGCGGGGCGAGCGUCGUGCAGAGAGACUCGCCGCCCAUCGACGGCGAAUGGUCGGCUCAGAAACUGCAGCACCUGGAGAGCACAAUGGAGAACAACACGCAGUGGUUGCAGAAGUUGGAGAACGUCAUUCAGAAGAGCGUGCAGCCGGGCAUCACUAACAUACCGUCACACGUUGUCCACAACCAAACGGCCACCAUGCUGGAGAUCGGAACGAACCUGCUCACUCACACUGCCGAGCAGACUCGCAAACUCAACGUGGUGGAAGCUAAGGUGCUGAACCACACGUCUCGAAUAGAGAUCCAGCUGCUGGAGAAUUCUCUGUCCACCAACAAGCUGGAGAAGGAGCUGCUGCUGCAGACCUCGGAGAUCAGUCAGCUGCGAGACAAGAACAGUCGUUUGGAGAGUAAAGUUCAGAGGUUGGAGUCUCAGCAAAAAGGAGAGCUGGAGGACAUGAAGGAGGAGAAGAACAGACUGCAGUCUGUCAUCAGGGCCCAGAUGGCCGCCAUCGAGUCUUUAGAGAGGCAGCUGAGGGUUGCCAGCAGCAACAACACGGCUCUGCAGAGGCAGCAGGCUCAGCUAAUGGAGUCUGUCCACACACUCAUUACCAUGGUGGCUACUACUACAGUAAUGAAAUGUGGGUCACCUCCCAGGGACCAGAUGUGGAGGGACUGUGCAGAUGCUUACAAGGCGGGCCACUCUGUCAGCGGCCUUUAUAACAUCUACAUUGGUAACAGGACUGAACCCGUGCAGGUGUUCUGCGACAUGGAAACGAGUGGUGGCGGCUGGACGGUGUUCCAGCGGCGAUUCAAUGGCAGCGUUGACUUCCAGAGGAGCUGGAGGGAAUACAAAAUGGGUUUCGGGGACGUGUUUGGGGAACACUGGCUGGGUAACGAAGUGAUGUACCUGCUGACCAGCCAGGGUCAGUACUCUCUGAGAGUGGAGCUGAGGGACUGGGAGGGAAACCCCGCCCACUCCCUGUACGACCGGUUCACACUCACCAGUGAGAAACAGCAGUACAGGUUGUAUCUGAGAGGUUACAGCGGCACAGCGGGGAGGCAGAGCAGCCUGACCACCCACGGGACCGGCUUCAGCGCCCGAGACCAGGACAACGACAACUGUGACCACUGCAAGUGUGCCCUGAUGCUCACUGGGGGUUGGUGGUUUGACGCUUGUGGUUUCUCCAACCUGAACGGUAUUUACUACACCGUCGGCCACAACAUCAGGAAACUCAAUGGCAUCAAGUGGCACCACUUCAGGGGCCCCAGCUACUCCCUGCGCUCCACCUCCAUGAUGGUACGGCCCUAUGACUUCUAA